CACUUCAGUUUUCAUUAACAUGUGCUAACUAGUAUUCUAAAUAAUUUUAUUCUGACAUGCAAUGCAACCCCAAGAAUAUACACGGGGGCAUUUACAAACGAUUUAUUGUGAAUAACAAUGGAUAAAGAAACGAACAUAUAAAGAACAUCCUUAUUGGACCCUGCCCGUAACAUGUCCGCAGAUAUUAAUGCUACAUUGCAAAACAUUACGGCGUUUUGUGAGUUAGAUGUAGAAAACCUUACUCAGCACACCGUGAAGCAGACCAAACCUACAUUUUCUGCAUCUUUACGAAAACAAUACACCUACGCAAAGAGAUGGGCAUUUUCUACAUAUGUGGCUUCAAAGAAGACUACCGACCGCCCCUCAGGGUGGCAUUGCUGCGGGCAGAUCUUCGAGGAUUCUGGCUCCGUCCACAAGCAUGUCUCCAGUACCCACGAGGCUGAGGUUCUGAAACACGCUGACGCCAUCCUCCAGCUGAUCUUGAGCGGUGCUGAAGACGAGAGUCCUACUCUGGAAAGCUCGAGAGAAGAACUGGUAGACGUGUCCAGAUGGAUACCAGACACUGCACAUGUCGACGAAGAACACCUUGUAAAGGGCGAAGGCGAGGUCCUCCUAUUUUACUGUUACACUCAGUUACCAGACCCCCAGCUCGUCUGCACCUGGCAGAAAGCGCUGUGCCAAAAGCUACACCUCACUGGCAAGGUCCGAGUGGCUGUGGAGGGAAUAAACGGAACAGUGGGCGGAACCAAAGUGGCCACCGGUUUGUAUGUCCAGGCUAUGCUCUCUCACCCAAUCUUCAGGACAAUGAUUUUGGAAGACUUCAAGAGAAGCGAUGGGGGGGCUGAUUGUUUCACAGGACUGAAGGUAGGACUGUACAAGGAAAUAGUGCCUAUGGGGGUGGAUCCAGACACACUGUCCUUCAGGCAGGCCGGAGUCCACUUGGAGCCAGAGGAGUUUCACAGAGAAGUGGAAAUCCUUUUGACUAAAGGUGACUCGUGCAAUGAUACCAUACUGCUUGACUGCAGGAACUUCUACGAGAGUAAAAUAGGACAGUUCAGUAAAUGUUUGGCCCCUGACAUCCGGAAAUUCAGCUACUUCCCGGACUAUGUGGAUAAGAACCUGGAGCUGUUUCGGGAUAAGAAGGUCCUGAUGUACUGCACUGGGGGCAUACGCUGUGAGCGAGGCUCUGCUUACCUGCUCUCAAAGGACGUUUGCAAGGAGGUUUACCAGCUGAAAGGUGGCAUUCACAAGUACCUGGACCACUACCCAGAUGGAUUCUACCGGGGGAAACUGUUUGUGUUCGAUGAGCGCUAUGCAAUCUCCUUCAACAGUGACAUCAUCUCAGACUGCAGGUACUGCGGAUCACCGUGGGACGAGUAUCAAUUGUGCUCCACUCGGCUCUGCUGCCAGCUCGUGCUAUCCUGCCCGUCCUGCAGGCACCGCGGCCAUACCGCGUGCUGCCCCACCUGCCAGCGCAAAGAUGGGGCAUCGGGAGGGGGUCCCCCUCCGACUCUGAAGGAAGAGUGCGAGUGCACGGACACGCGGCCGCGAAUUCCUCAAGAUGCGCUUUGACAAAUCUGACUUUUAAUACCCGAAUACCAGAAACAAGGAAUCGUAACCACGGAGACGUUUUUAAAGUUUUUUUUCCCCCCUGAUUGGUGCAUAAUAAAUUAUUAUUAUUAUUAUUGUACUCUCAUGUCAUGCUGUGAGUUCAUGGAGGUCACGAUGAACUAUGACCGUUUUUCUAUGAUUUGACGCUUUCAGACUAAUGUGUUUGUUAAUUUGUGCUGCUUUGUUAAUUUGUUAAGUGAAUGAUAUGAAACUUAACUGCGCGGCUAUUCUGUCCGAUUAACUUAAUGUCCAAUAAAAAUUUUUUUAUCUUA